UCCCACAUGUGCUAGGACCUGAAAUUAUCAACAAUAGCACAACCUAGCGUAAAAUAUGUCAAGGGACGAUGAAAUGCAAAGUCAAAUUAUUAAGAAUUCAAGGGUAAAAUGUGUACAAUUAGACCUGUAUCAAUCAUUUUAUUAAAAUGUUUGUGGCACUAAGUUGAACACAACAGACUAUCAAUCAGUUGUCUCCCAACAUAGUCAUACACUCUCAAAUUCUCUCAUUUGUGCAAAAACAAGGAGAUGAAUGAAUGCCAUUCUUUUUUAUGUCGCUGCUCAAUUUUGUGAAUCUUUUAGGGUUAGAAUCCUUCUAUUUUGGAGGAUUAAUUAACCACAUUUUAGAAGGAUAAUUAUUAUUCUUAUUAACAUACAAUAUUUCACAAGAAUAAUUAUAUCCUUUUUUAUUUUAGAUAAUUUAUCAGAACAAAUUGUCUCCAAAAACAUAACUAUUCACAUCAUCAAUAAUCCCUCAUCCAGUCAUUUGAAUAGUUUCUAACAUUUACCGAGCAUCAACAUAUAGUAAAAGACCAAGCAUAAACUUGCACCACAACCGGAUCCAGCAAAAGAUUCAGUCACUAUUUGGUUAGGGUUGGACUCAAGGUUGUUAAACCCCUAUCGAACCCCCCGGUUGGACCCGGUUCAACCCGAGUCGGGCUUCAAAACGGCCUCCAGAAAACCCCCCGGUCUGACCCCUAAACAGGGAGAAGAAGAGAGGCAGAAGAGAGGAAAAGGAACGAAGGAAGGGAAAUGGUAGGUGGAUCAUGGAGGUUAGGUAGAUUUAUUUUGUUGAAAAUAAGUUUUUAAUAGAUAUAUGUAAGAUAAAUUUUAUUUCACUCAUUAAAUUUUUAAUUACUACUUUAUUUGUAUAUAUAUUUAGAAAACGUCUAAAACGGCUCAAACCGGCCGGACCCCGAUCAGACCAUUAAACCUCAAACCCCUUGCUUGACCGGCUCAAUGACUUAAACCGGUUUGACAACCUUGGUUGGACUAGAAGUCCCAUCAAAUUUUUGGAUUUCUGAUCCAAACAAAAUGAAUGAAAAUUGAAGUUUGGUGGCAGAGAUGUGAAGCGUGCUGCCUGCCUGCCUGCUUGUUUUACUGUGUUUUGUGCUUCUUUUAGUUGACUACUCUGAAAAGAUUCUCCUCUUCCUCCCACUUUCUGGAAAAGGCAGGCAACGGCAAAUCCUGUCCUUUCACCAAGGUUCGGUCAACUUUGUAUUGUUCGCGAAAAAUGAUGAGCUCAUUAGUCGGCCCGUACCGGAAAGUUGUGCAACUUAUUCGGGUAAGUCCAUGGGCGGAGCUCGGCCCAUAUUUGAUUACAGGCUGGGGCGCUGGGCGCAUUCAGCGAUGUAGGAGCCCAGUUCGGGAUUUUCUUAAACCGAGAAAGAAUAUGCGGAGCCGAAGAAGAGAACGCGCGCGAGAAGCAGCACACGAUGAUGUUGAUUGGGCGGUGGAGGCAGCCCUGCUGCAACGCCUCGUUUCUAUGUUCUCUGGGGAAUUUCGUCGAACACCUUCCGCUUCCAACUUCCCUAUCAGUUCGUCCGACCAGAAUCCAGGGGAAAUCUGUUUAUGCUGUCGGAAUUCGCAGCUCUUCCUACUUCGAAGCGUUGAAUUCCCGCCAACAGGACCAGAUUAGACUCUAUGUCGAUACUCUUCACCAGUGGAACCAGAAGAUGAAUCUCACUGCGGUCACGAGCGUCGAUGAAGUCAUGGAGAGGCAUGUGGAGGACUCGCUUGCCCUGAUUCCUCCGAUAAACCACUCCUACUCUUCAAACUGCAGUGGUUCAGUUGACAGCCUGAGUGUCGUUGAUGUUGGCACAGGCCCCGGGCUUCCAGGGUUGAUUCUAGCAGCCGCUUGUCCAGGCUGGAAAGUAACACUUAUGGAAUCCAUGAAAAAGCGCUGCGAUUUCUUGGAGCAUGCAGUAGACAUCACUGGGUUAUCCAAUGUUCAAGUGGUGAGGGGUAGAGCUGAGAACUUAGGGCAGGAUGUUUCCUUCAGAGAACAGUUUGAUGUUGCGGUGGCUAGAGCAGUUGCUGAAAUGAGAAUUCUAGUGGAGUACUGCCUGCCUCUGGUUCGUGUUGGUGGGCUGUUUGUUGCGGCGAAGGGUCACAAUCCAGAAGAGGAGGUUAAAAGUGCAGAAAGAUCAAUGCAACUGAUGGGUGGCUCUUUGCUGCAACUGCACCCAGUGAAAUCGCAUAGCCCACAUGGACAGAGGACUGCUAUCAUAUGCUUAAAGGGUCGCCACACCCCAAAGAAGUACCCACAUGAGCCAGGUACACCAGCAAAGUCACCAGUUUGAUAUCCAUUCAUAUCCUUGUAUGACCUUCACACAUCUUCUAAAAAUUAAAGAUGAACAAUUGUAGGUUGUAUUCUCACGUCUCAUCGUUGGGUUCCAGUGAGGAAAAAUUGUAUUGCAAUCAUUUUCCAUGCUGACUUGUGAUAGCAUUAGUUAUAUUUAUUUUUGACAUAUAAUUCAUUAGUGAAUGUGAUCUUGAAAUUCUUGCAACUUAGCUAGUUGAAUAUAUAAGGAACUAGAACUCUAGUAACUCAAUGAUCCUAAUGCUCCAUUAUGCAAAGGACUUGUAGUUUAAGGAUCUUCAGUGUGAAUUGUGAAGCCAUCUGUUGUUGCUGAUACCUUCUUCUCGGUUCCUUCUUCUCCUUCUUCUAUAACCCGAGCUCGGAGAAGGAGCCACAUACUAAGUAGCUACUGCAUAAAGGCUUUCUAGGGGUUGUAUUACGUGAAGCAAAUUAGGUACUGAUAGUGAAUCAUUUUCAUCUGUGCUUGUCUUUGCUGAAAGUCUAGCUUCCCCGAUAAGGUCAAGAUCACAUGUUUAGUUACUGAAACCCAGCUCCAGCACUGUUUUCCCAGCACUCUUUCUUUCCUGUUAGUUUUAUUCUUGGACUUAAAAUCUUUUUUUUAGUUCAUCCAUGAAUGCUUUAUGCUUACACUUUUAAAGUUGAAAAGUAUUGUCCUGGUUGCUGCCUUCAUUUACCUACUUGCUUUUAUUUAAUCUAGACCAAGGAAUUGCUUGCCUGCCUUUCUGUUUGGUACUUAAGCUGCAUGUGAGACAGGAGCCCCAGAAUUGCAGGGGGGUUAGAAUUGUAUAUAGGAGCCUAAACAGGAAGAUAAUGUUGUUUUCUCACUGAUAUUUCACCAAGUGGCCAGGUUUCAUUUUGUCAAGAUUCCUUACAUAACCUGAUAGUGAAAGGGUUUUGUUUUGAAGCCUUGGUAAGUAGAUUGAGUAGGUUAGAAUCGUAGUGUUAGUAUUGGCAUGGAAAGAGGAACUUUACCUAACUCUCCUCCUAAUAGGGUUUCUUUUGUUUAUUCGAAUCAGUAACCUCAUUGGUAACCAUUGUUCUUUGUUUAUUAAGCCUAGCAUAGAUCCUUUACUACAUAUCUCUCCCAAAAGGACCCAAUGUUUGGGACCAUGUUCUCCAUUUCCUUGUUAUGGCAUGACUUUCUGAUCUGUAUCAGUGUGCCCCAAUUAUUUUAUUUCCCCCUGCCAGCGAUAGAUGGAGAAUGCUUUUUUCCAUUUGCCAUUUGGUGUCUAAAGGCCAAAGUAUAGCUUGCUCCAUAUUUGUUUUGCUUUGAUUGCUCACUUUACAACAGAAAGGUGGCCGGUUUUGCGGUACAGUUGAGCUUUCAGGUAACCCUACUUGAACCACAAUAAUAUCUCAUUGAAAUAUUCUAAUAUAGAUUUCAUGCAACAAAUUAAAUUUUUUCUGUUUAUAUAAUCGUAAUUCCUACGGCUACUUUUUGUAUGAAGCCCCGACAGUUGCCAGUUUUUACUUGGCCGUGGCGGAGCUAGAAUUGUGAAUGAUGGGUUGAUUUAAAUUGUUGUAAUUGGAGGUUAAAGGAUUAGGGCUAUUAUAAUCUUUUGAUUUUUAUAUAUAUGUGAUUUUACAUAUAUUUUAAAUUGAAAAGGGGCUACAAACACCUAGCUCCGCCAAUAUUACACGGUGGUGUGAGUAGGGGUGUACUACAGUCCGGUUUGGACUGAACCAAAUGAAUGAAACCCGCGGUUUAACAGUGUAAAAUAGAAGAUCUCCUAGGAUCAAGGACGGAAGCAAUAGUGUAUUCAGUCUGGUCCAAUUUUCUUCAAUAUUUAUACAAUUUUUGGAGAUCAAGGAAUGAUCACAUUGUAUUCUAUUCGGUAUAGUCUUAUUCAAGCCUAAGUUUAAUUCGAUGCACGGUACGGACCAAUCACACUACUAGUAGCCCAGUAGUGAGCAAGUUGGGGGGUAAAGUUUGUGCGAAGCUUCCACGGCGCUCCCUGCUCUCCACGUCCGGACAAAGGCCGCAAGUAAACCCACUGAAAUGAUUUGGUGGGCAUAGACUGGCAUUUUCAGCAACCAAAUUAUGUUGUUGUCUAAUGAGGCGUUUGAGGUCCCUUUCCUCCACAUACGUUUUCUUGUGUAAGCCUAUCUUUUUUUGUCAUUUGUGAGAAUAUACUGUUCUUAAGUCC